AUACAUAGAGCUCUAAGAGCCUGAGAGCACAACAUUUAAAGAGCCUCGUCCAUCACUAGAUCUAACCCACGAUGCAUUGCGGAUCUUGUCUUACAUCAAAAAUCCUUAAUACUAAUAAAACCCAGCACCCUAACAUCAUUCAUUCUAUCUGCGUGGACCUUCUCGUCGUACCCUCGCUAGCCUUAAUAUAAUAAUAAUAGUAAUCACUUUCCAAGGAGUCGAACGAUCCCUACUGAUCGGCAUAAUGCGAUUCGCGUUCACUACCCAGGCUCUCGUCGGCGCCGUCGCCGUGUCAGCCCUAACAGUUCCCCGCCCUGUUGAAAAGCGGUUAACUCUCGUCGACCUCAAGCAGUUCGGCAGCUUUCCGACUAUUACACCUGAACAAGCCCAUUCCCUAGCCGAGGCAAUAAAGGGUCCCUUUAGCGAUGGACCUGAGUUUAACUUUCCCAAGAUCAUUGGUGGCAAUAAGAGCCCCGCUGCCGGAGAGGAUAAAGUUGUCACCACAAGUGCCGCGGCUGCUGACGGCACAUGUGAUCGAAACAACCCCAAGGUUCGCGUCGAAUGGAGGAACUACUCCCCAGACGACAGGAAAGCCUUUGUCAGCGCUAUCAAAUGUCUAAUGGACAAGCCUUCUGUUGGAGGGUUCCAAGGCUCCAAAAGCCGCUACGAAGAUAUCGUAUCAGUACACCAGCAAAUGACCCCCAACAUUCACCAGCGUGCCGUGUUCUUGCCUUGGCACCGAUACUACGUCUCGAUUUUCGAGGACUUGAUGCGGAACGAAUGUGGUUUCAACGCAGCCUUUCCAUGGUGGGAUGAGACGAAAGAUGCUGGCCACUUUGCUGACUCGGAUCUGUUCACCGAUGAGUACUUCGGUCCGCUCCCCGGAAAGACUUCUAACGGCCAAGGUACCUGCAUUGACUCGGGUACAUUCGGUGGACUUACGCUUCACAUUGGUCCCGGCAGUGGAAACCAAGAUCAUUGUCUUUCGCGAGCCGUCGAUGAGAGCUUGACUGGUACCGUCAGUGCCCAAUUUGUCCAGGACUGCAACUCACGCACUUCAUACGAUGACAUGAGAGGUUGCCAGGAACUUGGCCCACACGCUUACGGCCACAACGGCGUUGGCGCGGUCAUGGCCGAGGUUCAGGCCUCGCCCGGAGACCCGAUCUUCUUUAUGCACCAUCUUUUCGUCGACCACUCGUUCAGAAUUUGGCAGAACGCCGACGCCUCGCGCACUACUUCUAUCAACGGUUGCUCCGAUACGAACAACCCAUGCACUCAAAUCACUAUGGACUAUGUCCUCUCUUCCAAUGGUCUCAAACCCAACACCACCAUCGGUAACGUUAUGGAUACCAUGGGUGGCUACCUGUGUUACCGAUACGACUACUAGUCUUCUUCGGAUACCAUACCGUAGAUGUUCGCUACGGUCGCUUUUUAUUCAAUAUUUAUCAUGACAUUUCUAUCUUGUAUCGCAUUCGUAUCAAUGCAGAAUAGGCGUUGGGGUCACGGAAAGAUUUAUGAUAUAACGGGGCAAUCACAUUCGAUUGGCCGUAUGAUGAUACCUUUUGGGAUAGAAGAAGCGUCAACAU